AUGGCAAAUCAAAUAACAAAUAAUGAUCGCCCUUCAAGUUCAUCAUUUAAACAUACAUACAGUCCAAAAGUGUCUGUUAAGGCAAUCGAUUCAUUAUUCUUAUUAAAUUAUUCUGAUAUACCUCCUCCAAAUUCUUCACCGACGAGUUUAUCUAUUAAUCAACACACUUCAAUACCUGAUGAUAAUUUCGAGAUUCUUAAAGAUUCUAAUAUUUUUAACUUUUUUCUAUACAUCGAUAUCCCAACAAUAGAUUAUUAUAAUGAUGAAUUGAAACAUAAUAAACUAUCUAAAUUCAAUAAAAAAUUUAAAUUGAACAGAUUGAAAGAUCAUAUCUUAAAUUCUUUCACCAACAACAAUAAUAAAACAUUCUGGGAUUUCCUAACCAGAUACCAUAAAACACAAGAAAAGGAGAAACUGAAGGUAAACGUAUCGAUUUUAUCAUCUGGUUCAUUAAGAUACGUCGAAACCAUCAAAUACUUAAUUGAAUCGAUAUUCAUUAACCUUCUCAAUUCAAUUAAUUUGAACAUCUUGAGUCUUUCAUUUAAAAUAUCAGCCACCCCAACAACAUUCAAAUGGUUCACUACCUUUUUGAAUAAAGAUCUAUUAAAUAAAAAAUUGAUAUCUUUUGAUAUAAUUAAUCAACUUUAUUCAUCAUCAUCAUCAUCAUCAUCAUCGUCAUCAUUGUCAUCCCCGCAGCAAUCUUCUUAUAACACAACCGAUUCUCUAACAGCAUCUCCAUUCAAAGAUUACUUCACUAAAUUGACAUAUAAAUUUGAUAAAAUACAUGAUUCAAAUUCCAGUAGUGAUAAUAAUACAAUAGAUUCAAUAACAAUUAUAACAAAUAGCACAGGUGUAAAAGCAUUAUUAACCAUAUUGGCUGAUAAACCACUGAUAAAUUUCAUCUCGCAAGAAUCAAUAAAAGAAUUACAUGAUAUAAAAAAUGUAUCGGAUAGUAAUGAUAACAGCAAUAAUAAUCAGCCUUCUUUAAAGAGAGAAUCUUCAUCAUUAUUGAAUUUCCAAGAUAGAUUAAUUACAUCAAAUAAAGAUAAAUCUGUUCGAAUACGGUCCCUUUCAAUAAACAGAAGAACAAAUAAAGCACAUAUCUUCAAUACACAAAUACCAACUAAUAAUCUUAAUAAUAAUAAUAGACUCGCAUCAACAGUACUGACAACACAAAAUAAUAAUCAUCAUCAUAAGCAUGGGUCACCUAUAGAUACUCACGAUUCAACUUUAACGACUUUACCUACAAUGAAUAUUAAUAAAUUGAUAGAUCAUAGACCGGCAUCAAUGUCUGUAUCACAUUCGAGGACACCAUCGUUUUCUUCAUCCAACGCAACACAUUCAUUGCUUUCAUUACCAUCAGCAAAUUCCUUGAUGAUCACGCCGAUUGCUUCUCCGAAACCAUGCCUUUUACAACAGCAUCAACAUUCAUCAUCAACUUCAUUAAUAAAUUAUGACAACACUAACAUACAUCAUCAUAAUCAUAAUCACCAUCAUCACCACCACCAUAUGCAUUCACUAAAUAAAACACGAUCUUUAGCAUCAAAUAAUUCUUUUGAUGAAAGUAUAAUUGAAUAUGACGAAGACGGUAUUGAUUCUGAAACUGGCUCAAUAAAGGAUCAUAUGCAAAGAUAUACCACUAAUAAUUCUAAUAGAGAAGAAUUUAACAACCAAGAGGUAGUCGAUGAAGACGAGUAUGAUGAUUAUGACGAUGAUGAUGAAGAAGAAGAAGAAGAAGAAGAGGAAAACUCGGAUGAUGAAGAUGGGAUAAGCUUCCAUGCUCCAAGUUUGCUAUCUAGAACAAGCACAAUUUCAGAACAUAUAUCACCUCCACCUCCUCCUGAUACUCAAAAUAAUACUGUGAAGAAAAAUAGAUUUAGAUCAUUGAGUUUAAUGGAUCCAGCUUUAAAAAGACCAUUUGUUAGGAACUUAAAUCAAAAUCAAAAUCAAAAUUCGACUUCAACAUCUAAUUUUGCAAAUAUAUAUGUGCAUGAUGGGCACUUCAUCGAUAAGAACAAUACGAAUACAACAACAGCUAGUACUAAACGGUCAAGAUCAAAUACGUUAAAAAAUAAUGCGAAUAUGAAUAAUAGUAAUAACAGUACCAAUGGUAACGGAUUGAUACCUCCUGAAUUUUAUUCUCGAAUAUCAACACCAAUGUCAAGCAGGCAUAGCUCAAAUCAUUCCUUAGAAAAUUUAAAUACGCCAAUAAGGAUGACUUCUCCAUUGUUAGCUAAUGUUAUACCAAUAAAAGUGGAGGAGCAUAAAAGUGGAAACAAAUUCAAAGAAUCGGCACAUGAUAUGCACCAUUCCGCUUCUUCAACUUCGCUGUUCGAAAGGUCAUUAAUUAACAAAUCAUUUGAAGAAAUUAGGAAACAGGAAAAAUCGAACAUUUUCCAUAAACUCAUUGAAGAAAAAAAUGCAAAUAAAUUAUUAUCAACCAAUAAUAAAAUAGCAUUAAAUUUUAACUCAUUACAAGAUGAAGAUAUCAUCAUGUCUGGUUAUACAUCAUCUCAAAUCCAUUUACAAAAUCAAUCGCAACAUUCAGAUAUGGACUGUUCUUCUAAAUCAUCAUUGAGUACGUAUAUUUCUCCGAAUAGCGCGUGCCAUUCAGGAAAUGGGUUCGAAACGGAUACAGAAACGAUUACUAUAAAGGCUCCACAAAAUGAAUCAAGUAGUACCACCAACUCUGCAUUGUCGUCUUCCAAAAUAAUCAAGAAAAUUGAUUCUUUCGACAUAUAUGGAGAUGAAUAUAAUAACGGCGCUAUGUUCAAUCAAAUGUCUAAUUCAACUGUUAAAAAUGAGCCCGCCAUAAAGAACAAUGCUCCAAAACAAAACUACAAAAAGGCUAUAUCGAUUGACCUUUACGGAGAUGAUGGCGAGGGAACCAAUCCUGAUAAUCUUGGAGAUUGGAUGCUCGGUGGUAAUACUCGUUAA